UAUGUAGUGACAUUCUUCAUGUUAUGUCUACAUUUAGUACAACUUGUUAUCCACAAUGACUUUAUUUUUAGGUGCUUUGUGGAAAGAGUUAACCUGACUAUGGACUUCAAAGAAGUUGAGAACCACAUUUGUGUAAGACAUAUUAUUCAAAGAGAGUUCACCCGUCAUCUCAUAAAAGGUGAUUUCACUUGGAACAGCAUGUCAGGGCGCAGUGUUCGGCUGAAGUCAGUUCCCGUUCAAAGCCUCUCGGAGCUGGAGCGCGCUCGGCUGCAGGAAGUGGCUUUUUAUCAGUUGCAGCAGGACUGUGACCUGGGCUGUCAGAUUACUAUCCCCAAAGAUGGACAAAAGAGGAAGAAAUCAUUAAGAAAGAAACUGGAUUCGUUAGGGAAGGAGAAGAACAGAGACAAAGAAUUUAUUCCCCAGGCUUUUGGAAUGCCGUUGUCCCAAGUGAUUGCUAAUGACCGGGCCUACAAGCUUAAGCAAGACUCUCAGAGAGAAGAGCAAAAAGAUGUUUCAGAUUUUGUGGCCUUUCUCUUGCCGUUUGGAACUAAAAGGCAGAACAAAGAACUUUCAAGCAGUAACUCAUCUCUUAGCUCAACCUCAGAAACACCGAACGAAUCCACUUCUCCUAAUACACCCGAGCCAGCACCACGAGCAAGGAGGCGUGGUGCAAUGUCUGUGGACUCUAUUACAGAUCUUGAUGACAAUCAGUCACGAUUGUUAGAGGCUCUCCAACUCUCUUUGCCAGCAGAAGCCCAGAGCAAAAAAGAAAAGGCAAGAGAUAAGAAACUAAGCCUGAAUCCAAUUUACAGGCAGGUUCCCCGGCUUGUAGAUAGUUGCUGCCAGCACUUGGAAAAGCAUGGUCUCCAGACAGUAGGAAUAUUCAGAGUUGGAAGCUCAAAAAAGAGAGUAAGACAGUUACGUGAAGAGUUUGACCGGGGCAUAGACGUUGUGUUAGACGAAGAGCACAGCAUUCAUGAUGUUGCUGCUUUAUUAAAGGAAUUUCUGCGUGACAUGCCUGACCCACUUCUCACCAGAGAACUUUACACACCUUUCAUCAACACUCUCUUAUUAGAGCCAGAUGAACAGCUAAGCACCUUACAGCUUCUCAUUUAUCUUCUACCUCCCUGUAACUGCGAUACCCUACACCGGCUGCUGCAGUUCCUCUCCACAGUGGCUGGCCACGCAGAAGACACCACAGACAAAGAUGGCCAAGAGAUUACUGGGAACAAAAUGACAUCCCUUAACCUGGCUACCAUCUUUGGCCCUAACUUGUUGCACAAGCAGAAAUCUACAGACAAAGAAUUCUCGGUUCAGAGCUCAGCUCGAGCUGAAGAGAGUACUGCUAUCAUAGCUGUCGUACAAAAGAUGAUCGAAAACUAUGAAGCCCUUUUCAUGGUUUCCCCUGACCUACAGAAUGAAGUGCUUAUUAGCCUAUUAGAGACUGACCCAGAUGUUGUGGACUAUUUGUUGAGGAGGAAAGCUUCCCAGACAUCGAGCCCUGAGAUGCUGCGAUCAGAAGGUUCCUGCUCUACAGGAGGAAGACAUUCUUCCACAGACUCCAACAAAGCUUCAAGCGGAGAUGUCUCCCCUUACGACAACAAUUCCCCAGUACUGUCUGAGCGCUCACUUCUGGCAAUGCAAGAAGAAGUUGCCCGCAGCCCAGAUAAGCUGUACAAGGUACCUGAACAGUACACACUGGUUGGACAUUUGCAACCAAAGACAAAGGAGAAUUCUUCUGCGUCACAGGCUGGAAAAGAUGUUUCUGAAGAUCAUUUUGAUAUCUGGGGCACCUGGCAUUCAACACUGAAAAGUGGCUGCAAAGAUCCAGCAAUGACAGGUUCUUACGGGAACAUUUACGAAAGCAGCUUGCUGCGACCCGGACAGUGCUCUCUUUCCCAGGGGAACCUCGCCAUGUAUUCUCCUCGGUGGCAGGGCAGCACCUCCGAAUUGGACACCGGCAGGCAGGUCAUGCGAAGGAGCCAGACGACUGCUGCCAUUCCUGAGUGUCAGCUCCAUCCCACGGUGUCUCGGGUGUGCAGCAACCCACAAAUCGAAGUCAGCAGUAGGAGCUCAGAGCUGUCACACUCAAAGUCGGAGCGGCACUUGACUUUAAGCAGUGUGGAGGACCUCAGUGGGCGUGACUCGAACGCGGGUUGUUCACAAAGCACAGCCAAACCCUCCUACAGAAAAGAACGGCCACCACCCCCCUACCCGGGCCCAGCAAAAACAAGCUCUGCGUUAUCACAGCGGUCGAGCGUCUCUUCAACGUUGCACUCUUUGUGGAGACUUCAACGCCAAGAAAAAAGUUCAGGGACCAGAGCAGCUGGAGGACCGCCAGCCAAGGCCCCUGACCAGGCCACCUCCAGGCAGGAGCGGCCAGCCCCACAAACCCAAGCGGGUCACAUCUAUUCCACAACACCUCACAGUCAGAACAGUAAAAAUGUUUCCGAAGCGGACUGGCAUGAUUGGCAAAGGGAGAGGUGGCAAAUUUGGGAGCUAUUAUCAGCUGAUAACCCUGAUGCCCUUCCAGAAACCCUUGUAUGA